AUGGCUCAGCUCACCUCUUUAGCUACAGUUUACGAGGAAGACUUGUAUAACGUCGUCCUCGUUAAGACUAGCGCUGGUGCCUGCUUACGAGGCCAUGUCAGGAGAAAAGAAUGUCACAUGGCUAUCAAGCUUUUCCAAGGCCGCACCUCGCACGACAGUAACUGGAAAGAGCGGUUAAGGGAUGCCGAACUGCUGGCUAAAUUGCGUUCUGAGCGGGUUUUAGCUCCCUGGGGAUUACACAGGGCAUGCAGCCUUGUCGGAUUGGUGUGGGAUUGGAUGCCUGAAGGAUCUCUUCAUUCAUUGCUGUAUGAGACAUCCUUGUAUCCAGAUAUCCCUAUGUCACUCCGGACCCGGAUCUUGUGGGAUGUGGCUGAGGGUUUAUUACACAUGCAUGGAAUUUCUCAGCCUCACAUGGCAUUAAAGGCCACAAAUGUUCUCCUUGACCAGCAAUAUCGGGCUAAGUUGUGUGACUGGGGUCACUGGAGGGACAUUAAGUCAUCUUUCUCUAAUGGGUGCGGCCCUUGUUUCAGGGACCUGGCUUACUUAUCUCCAGAAGUAAUACAAGGCUCCAUGCCCUCUGUGGAGGCUGACAUGUACAGUUUUGGUGUUCUGCUUUGGGAGACUUUAAACAGAAGGCGUCCAAGUGAAGGUAUUGAUCAGCUGCAGAUUCUCCUGCUUUCUGCUCAGGAGGGGGUGGAGCUGGGCAUGGAGGGAGAUUUACUCCCCCAAGAAACGCCCCAGAUCCACGCCCUCACCCAGCUGAUGAUGCGAUGCUUGAAUACAGAGCCGAGACAACGGCCGCUGGCCAGUGAGUGUGUCCUGGAACUGAGGAAAGCCAUGGAAACAUUCGAACCGCAGGCUUCAGCCAAAGCUACCAUUCAGCUGAGGAUGUACAAGGAGAGGGCACUGCUCAGCUGCAAACAAAGGCUGACCUGGGAGAUGCCUAUAGAGAUAAACAAUCUGGAGGGCUAUGAUGUCUGCAGAGGGCAAAAAACCAUGAUCACAAAAGUGAUACCAGGAGACCCACUUCAGACAAAUGUUACAAAAGUUCCGUGUUGCUCUGAUUCCCAAAAUGUAAGCCCCUCUGUCCCCACAGCAGUGAGGGCUAGUCCCAACGCAACAUGCUGCAGAGAUGCUGAGAGGAUUCUUGCUCCCACCAGCGGAUCUCUCAGUGCCUCUUACAGCGGCUGUGGUCUAUGGAAGGGUGAUAUAGAUUGGACAACGCCUCACAUGCGAAACCCUUCAUACAACUCCUCCUCGGUCAUGCUAAAGAGCUCUCUGCAGCGUCCUAGAGUCAGCAGCCCGGCUGUAUGCCAGAUGCCUGACACCGUGGGAUGGAGCUGCGGCCGCCUGCUCCAGGAGAGACGUGAAACCAUAGUGCGCUACAUGACAGAGGGUCGCCUAAACAACCUGCUGGAUGUCCUGCGGGCCAGACGGGCUGUGACCCGUGAGGCCUACGAACAGAUCAUGGCUGAUCUGACACUGGCGGCACGUACACGCAGUUUGCUGGAUACUUGUGCGUGUCUGGGGGAGAAUGUUGCCGCCUUAGUGGCUACCACUCUCGGUCUAGUUUCUGUGGAGAGAUCCAGGGGACGUAUUCAGCUGGUACCAUAA